CGGCGGCGGCGGCGCAGCGGCUGAUGAUGACGAUGGAGCGCCGGCCUCCUCUGAGGAUGAAGCUGCUGAUCCUGACUCUCCUCCGCUCCACCUGGUUGCUAGGAGACCCAGCUGCAGACGCAGAUUAUAAUCUGGAUUGUGUGAACGAUUAUCUGUUCACCCUCAACUGUUCCCUGAACGCCUCACCAGCAGCCAGCAACAAAACCUACUGGCUGAAAGUCACCAGCGAUUUGGACCAGACGGAGUAUAAAUGUCUGCUGAAAAACACGACGGCCGGCUUCUUCUGUUCCCUCGACAGAUCCCUGAGGCCCGACGACGACGAGACGGAAAGAUUUUCAGACGAUGAAUAUUUUGAAAUUUCUUUGUGUGAAAACCACAAAGAAAUCUGUGAGUUACUGGAGGAAAAUUAUGAGCCAGAGUUACACAUCAAGCCCAGCGCCCCCUGCUGCCUGGAGGUCAGUCACAACUCCACCCGACACCACUUCACCUGGAAAAGCACCUACGAGAGUUACACCGACACGGCGCUGGGAGAAUACCUGAUGUAUCAGCUGCAGGUCCACAAGAUGGCCAACAAACACCGGCUAAAAGCUCGUAACAUCAGCAUCACCACGACACACUUUGUGGAAGACCAGCACUUUGAGCCCGGCACCGAGUACGCUGCACAAGUGCGGUCUAGUCCAAACCAGCGUCACUACCAGGGCCAGUGGAGCGACUGGUCCUCUGCGGUUCAGUGGAGGACGGAGCCGGCCGCCGACGUUUUUAAGGAAAACGGAUUCAUUUUUAACCUGCCUGUGACGUUCGGCCUGUUAUGUGCUCUGGUGGUUCUGGUGCUGGUUUGCUACGGUUCAGUCAGAAAGUGGAAGCGCAGCACCUUCAUCCCAACUCCUGCUCCGUAUUUCCACAGCCUGUACAAAGACUGCCAGGGAGACUUUAAGAGCUGGGUGGUCACGCAGGAAAACGCGGCCGACGUGCUGAAACCAGAGGAGGCGCUGCGGAUCGACAGCCUGGUGGAGUGCAUGCCGGUCCAGGACUUCCAGUUCCACCAGUACCCGGCCCAGUUCCAGCAGCACUUCAUGGAGAACCGGGUCUACAGCAACAUGUCAUCAGUGGACGUCCUGAGCAUGCGGGAGUCGGUCUGCGGCUGCGCGGCCCCGCUGCUGGACCAGCGCGGGUCGGUGAACAUCCUGAGCGGCUACUGCCAGUCCUGCAGCCCGGCGCAGGACUCCGGCUGCUGGCUCUGCAGCGACACCUCCCUGGAGAAGGAGUCGUCCUGGUACUGCAACCAGUACUGCACGCUGAGCUGCCUGCAGCAGGCUGGCUGCGGCGCGGCGGGUUGCCAUGGAGACCUGAAGGCCCACCCGCGCUUCUCCGACGCUGGGAUGGAGGCAUAAACCCAACAGUUUAUGAGCUCCAUGAGCAAAACCCUGAAAAAUAUUCACACUUCAACUUUAUGGCAUCAUGUGGCGCAUUCAUUCAUUACCGGACCUGCAGCUGCAGCUGAGCGCCUGCAGGGGGCGACUCCUCCAGGUAUUCACUGUAAAAACGCUUCAGUCCGGUCAAAAUGACUGCAGAGCAACUCUCAGUUCUCCAAGAUUCUCAAUUAUAUUUACAUAUGGACUUUGACUAGGCUGUUCUGACACAUCUUCAAAGUGGGGCGCGAGGGCCGUUUACAGGCCUGGACCGAUAUGUUAGCAGUAGAAGAAAGUCAGGAAAGAAAGCAAGAAAUAUGGCCGCUCCUUGGCUCAGCAGCAGUAAGCUGCGGGAGAAACAUAUUUUAGAUAUAAAGUGCUUCAAAUUAAAGCCACAUGUAGGACCUGAAACUAUAACCUGAACAAAUUCACUUACGUUUGUUGAAAGCGAAGCUAAAAAUGUUUGUACGCAACAACACGAACGUCUACAUGGGAGCCGCCAUGUUGGAAUCCCGACUUCGUUAACCGGAACGCGGUUACCAUGGUGACGUCAAACCCAACUCAGAGCUACAAGGGAACUUGAACGCAGCAUUAGCUCCAGCUAUCUUUCCAUCAACUCAGCAUGAUGCUGCCACCACCACGUUUCACAGCUGGUUGUUUUCAGGGUUGAAAUGAAAACAAAGUUUAUGGUUUUAAUGAGGUAAAAUAAAAAUAUUCAAGCUUCUUUAGGGAUCUGUAAGGUCACUCUACAAGUUUUGCUUUAUAUCAUGUAUUCUCACAGCUUUUGUUCUGUAUAAUUUUAUGGCACCAAUAAAAUUUUGAUUGCUUGAAAAAGUAAACAAGUUGAAGGUUUUAUAGAAAGUUUUAUUAAGCAAACACAUACAUGAACAAAGCACCAUAUAACCUUAAAGUACAGAAGUAAGCCUACCUGCCUCAGUUACUGCGGCCAUUUUUACGUAUCCCAUAGCAACACUCUGAAUAACAAAGAGCCAAGGCAGCAGAUCUAUCGUAUAUUACAGCAUGCUGAAUAGAAAAACCUGGGAAAGAAAAUUAGACUGGACCAUCUAGAGACACUAGUGGGAUACAACAGUAUAAAAGUGCCAUUCAUUAUACAGCAGAUCAAAUACUGACAAUGAAAUGAGCCGAUUUUUACA